GACCAACCUCUCCGAGAAGUGCUUCUCGCGCGAGGGCAAGCUCUACUGCAAAAAUGACUUCUUCAGGCGCUUUGGCACUAAGUGUGCGGGCUGCGCGCAAGGCAUCUCGCCCAGCGACCUGGUGCGCAAGGCCCGCAGCAAAGUCUUCCACCUCAACUGCUUCACCUGCAUGGUGUGCAACAAGCAGCUGUCCACGGGCGAGGAGCUCUACGUCAUCGACGAGAACAAGUUCGUGUGCAAGGACGACUACCUGAGCUCGUCCAGCCUCAAGGAGGGCAGCCUCAACUCAGUGUCAUCCUGUACGGACCGCAGUUUGUCCCCGGACCUCCAGGACCCGCUCCAGGACGACCCCAAGGAGACGGACAACUCGACGUCGUCGGACAAGGAGACGGCCAACAACGAGAACGAGGAGCAGAACUCGGGCACGAAGCGGCGCGGCCCGCGCACCACCAUCAAAGCCAAGCAGCUGGAGACGCUCAAGGCCGCCUUCGCCGCCACGCCCAAGCCCACGCGCCACAUCCGGGAGCAGCUGGCGCAGGAGACCGGCCUCAACAUGCGAGUCAUCCAGGUGUGGUUCCAGAACCGGCGGUCCAAAGAACGCAGGAUGAAACAGCUAAGCGCACUGGGCGCCCGGAGACACGCCUUCUUUCGGAGUCCGAGGCGCAUGCGUCCCCUGGGGGGCCGCUUGGACGAGUCUGAAAUGUUGGGGUCCACACCAUACACCUACUAUGGAGGUAAGAGGCUGAGCUCAGGGCCGAUACCCCAGCUCUUGGCUGCACCAGGGACUCCCCGCCCUCACCCCCCCCCCUUCUAUCGCGCAGGACAAUAA